AUGAGUUCGUAUUUUGUUAACUCAACUUUCCCCGUGUCUCUGGCGGGAGGACAGGACUCUCUCCUGGGUCAGAUACCGCUCUAUUCCUCGGGAUACAGCGACCCGUUAAGGCACUACUCCAACGCGGCCACGUAUGGAGCGGCCAACAUGCAAGAGAAAGUCUAUCCCGCGUCCUACUACCAACAGUACGGCCGGGCGAGCUGCGACUACAACCCGGUGGGGACUUUUUACAAAGACGCCGAUGGUCAGUGCGCCUUUUCGAGUCGCGACGAACAGGCGCUGUUUGUUACGCAGGACCAACAUCAGCAGCGGAAAGUGGCGGAGUGUUCCGAGCAAAGCGCUGUCAACAUGAGCAGCAGCCUGGACGACAAGACCUCCACUCUCAUCUAUCCAUGGAUGCAGAGAAUGAACGCUUGCUCCGCUGGCCCAUUUGGAAACAGUGGGCGCAGGGGCCGCCAGACCUACACCCGCUACCAGACCCUGGAGCUGGAGAAAGAGUUUCACUUCAACCGCUACCUGACCAGAAGACGCCGGAUAGAGAUCUCCCACGCGCUGUGUCUGACCGAGAGACAAAUCAAAAUCUGGUUCCAAAACCGUAGAAUGAAGUGGAAAAAGGAAAACAAGCUGCUGAACCCGUCCAAGACCGAAGAAGAGAGCGAACAAAGCGAAGGCAAAGAGUUAAAAUAA